GGAAAUUUUUGCUGUCAAAUCUCUGUGGUCAUAUAUGGAGAUUGAAAAUUUUUGACAUGGAAGCACUGACCACGCUCGGCGGGCAACUCUGUAAAUAUGGCGUACUAUGGGCAACAAGCUGCACCCGGAGUUGAUCCGAAUUUCUUGUGGGGAGUGUUUCAAAAGUGAGUACUUUGAUAAAACUAUGCUUUAGCGAUUGCUGUGAACUUUCUAGUUCUAAAGAUGUGACUUUAUUGUCUUGUAUUAUAGCGUUGAUCGGGAUCGAAGCGGUUCUAUUUCUGCGAACGAAUUGCAACAAGCUUUGUCAAAUGGUAUGACAGUGCGAUAUAUUUAUAUUUGUAUUAUUGAAGUUUUUUGAUAUUGGACUCUCGUUUGUUUGCGUGAAACCCUUUGCGAAAGUUAAAUACACUAGCAUUUAUUUUAUGUAAUUAUUGACAGGAAGAAAUACUGAACAGUAUUAAAAAUACUGUUUACAGUAGUAUUUCUCUCUUCGCUCUUUUAUAAACUUUUAUAUAAAAUCAAAUUAGAACUGUCAAAUGUAUCAAUUUGAGUGCGGGAAUCCAGAUAUUUGCACGGCUAAUUUAUAUUAGUUAGCAUUAAAAUUCCAUAUAGAAGAUAGUUGAAUUAAAAUUGCUGUAGAAGAACAAAUGCCAUGGCUUAUAAGUUUGUGGAAUCACCACAAUGUGUUUUGUGGCCCCUCUACCACCAUCAGUCUUGGAUCCACAAAACACACUGUUUCCCUCGGUCUCAGUAAAUAAGUGUUUUGUUAUAUCAUAAAGCUGCUCCCGAUUAAACGACUAAUCGAUUAUUUUCCCACAGUCGAUUAUGCUUAACAGUAAUCAGAUCAUCUACAGUAUAGCACCACACACCAUACUGGAAAGUUCGUAUGUUACGCCGAAUAUAUUCGGCGUAUAAUUUAGUCGACUGCGCCAAAAUUGGCGUAAUUUUGCCUCUUUAUUUGGCCAUAUCAAACUGGCGUGGCGUAAACAGAUCAUCUCAGAAGUAGUUGGCGUAAAAGUCUAAAAUAUGUACUUUAAUCCAACUUCACAACCCGUAAAUGUAUAAGGAUUAGGGAAACUAAGAAUUGAAUGAAAGUUUCAUUUAAUCCUUUAUUUAUUAUUAAAGGGGAAGUCAAGUCGGUUUGUUUACAUUUUGAACUGCUGUAUUUUUUAAAAUAUGAUGUACUGUUUGAAUAUCUAACACCAUUUUGGUUUGUUAUGCUCCUACAUGAAUAUGAAAUAGAGUUUAUGUUCAGAAAAAUUUGAAACAUUCAAAAUUUGGGCAAUGUUUACCUCAGAGGGCCCUCACAUUGUUAUGCGCAGGACCGAUGCGCAGAACGGACUUGACUUCCCCUUUAACACACGGUGAUUUAAUAACACGAUUCGAAUUUUGCCCUCGAUCGUUAUGUCAUUACCCCAGGGCUUCCAUUUUGAAGGAAAUUUCCUUUUUGAAGAAAACUUUAACUAGUUGAUUCUAGUUGAAGGAAAUUAUAAGGAAAUUCGAAUCUGAAGGAAAUUUGAAGGUAAUUUCGGAAGAUUGAAGGAAAUGUUAAGGAAAUUGCCUUAUUUCUAAAAAACCCUAAGAAUACGGCAAUUGUCAAGGAAAUGUGCUUCAAAAUAUGCUGAAAAUCCUGUCCUACAAGAUGCAAAAUCUGAAAAUUUUCUGGGGGAGGACCCCCAGGUCCCCCUGGUUAUUCUCCUUCGUGUUAAUCUAUGCAAACUCUUUGUCUCUCCCCUUUGAUAAAUUAGCCCCUGUAACGUCUAUGUUCCUUCUAGAACAAGAAAUACCCUGUUAUUCGAGAUAAAUUACUAUAAAAUCAGUUUUAAAUUAGGUAAAAUUGAAUAAUUUUUAUUGCAAGGAAAUUUUUUCAAAAAUAAGGAAAUUUUGAACGGUUGGAAGGAAAUUAUGUUUAUUGAAAAUGGAAGCACUGCAUUACUCAUUACUUCAUGUAAUUUGAUCCAACUGUAGAACAUGGUUUAUAUUUCAUGUACUUUUGACAUUGUCAAUGUAUUGUAGUCUACACGAGAAUAGGGUCUGGGACUGGACUACAGAUAAUUAUGUUGUAUUUUCAUAUUUUGUUUGGGGGGGGGGGGGUACAAUGUUAAUUGUUAAACUCGUAGACUUAAUAGACUUCGUCAGUUUAGCCGUUUAGGUCUUUGGCGUAAGAAUAUCACACGCUUUGGCGUAUAAAAUUAAGGUAGAAAACAGUCGGCGGAAAUAUUCGGCGUGUGAAUUACGAACUUUCCAGUAUGGACCACACAGCGUGAUGUGGGAAUGAGUUCAUUUCUUUCCAGAUUAAUUAAAAAAAUUGCGACAAGAUUGUGAUUAAAAUAUUAAGUGACAAACGAUGGCAGGCCUUAAAAUAUUUUUUACAGGGCAGUUUGACAAAAUGUCCGGUGACGUUGAGUUUGGGUCGGACAUACAGUAUGUCCGAUGAUCUUCAGUUCAGUUUUGGCUCGGAAAUAAGUCUGAAUGACACAAAUGAAUAAACUGUAAAUGUUGUAAAGAUAUUAAAUAAUUUGUUUCUUUCAUACUUAUUUCCAAGCCAAAAUUAACUUGCUUGCCAGAACAGCAGUGUUAAAAAAUGACUUUGACAACUAUGGACAACUUAAGCCCGUUUUCCACUUCACCAUUUCGCUCGCCGCCCCGCACUCGACUAUGUUAAAACAACAUUUCCAGUUCACCUUUUAUACAAUAGUACUCUAAUUUUCCAUUUAACAUACAAGCCUCUAGUCGUGGCUAGGGUACAUUUUGAUUUAUGUCGGACAAAGCUACAGUUCGGUCGGACACCAAUUCACUUGGGUCAGACAAAUAAUAAACCUCAGUUUCACGUUGGUCGGACAGAAUGUCCGGUGGUUUCCUCUCUACGUUGGACAAUUUAACGAAUGGGUCGGACAACGUAUGUGACCGAUCGAUAUUUUAAGGCCUGAACAAUGGUCAAAUACUGUAUCAAAUUCAUUUGCAGCAUGCAAAGUUUACCAUAGUCUGAUUGGGUUUACCAGUGCUGUCAAAAUGUCUUUACUGUCGUUCCAAUUGAAGUGUUGCUAAAAUAUUGAUUCAAUACAUUACCUCGUGCUGACCAAUUCAUUUGAUUAAGUUCCUCGAGAUAUUCAUACACUUCCUGUGAAAGAGCCAAUUCCAAGUAUGUGAUCAUUUCUGGUCACUUCCUUUCUAUUUAUGAUUGGUUAGUUGCACAAACAACAAAGGUGAUUGGUGCAUUCAAACUAUUCAACAGGAAGUUUACAAUUAUACUAGGAAGUGUAUGAAUAUAUCGAGGAACUUGAUGAAAUGAAUUGGUCAGCCCGAGGUAAUGUUUUGAAUCAAUAUUUGAGCAACACUUCAAUUGGAACGACAGUAAAGUUUUUUUAUUAGAAGAAUUUAUUACCAUUGUGUCCAACAUUGCUGCAUGCGGACAUAAACCAAUUACUGUAUCCAUAAGAGUCUGAGUCUCGCAAAUUUACUCAGGAAUGUCAAAGGUAAACAACUAAAGUAAACAUCCUUAAUAUUGUCUCUGCACAUGCCAUGUCUCUUGUGUGAAGUGUUAAGAGCACUUUCAUUUUAAACACAGAUUUAAAACAUUUACAUUGACUGGUGGAACCCCCAAAAAUUUAGUAAAAAAUUUCAUUACAAUUUAAUAUUUACAAGCGUGUCAUGCUACCAUGGGCAUGUCAUAUUUAAAUUAAUUAUCAAUUGGUAAUCGAUUGGUGACAACGAUUAAUCGAUUACGAAAAUAAACCGAUGGGAGCAGCUCUAUUAUAUCGUGUAUAAGUGUCGAAGUAUGAUAAUUCAUGGGUUAUUGGAGUGAAUUUUGAAACCAAAACUGGAUAAAUGGAACAUCGUAAAUGUUUAAUUGAUAAAAAGGUUUAUUAAAUUGAACUUUGGAACUUCAUGGUUGAUGUGCAUACACGCUACACCCAUUUGAUUGUGGACCGGUCUGUAAAUCAACCGAUCAAUGAUCAGCAAGAAAUUGCUUAUGAUCAGCGGAAAAGCAGGAUUUCCAAACGCGUAAAAGCAGUCAGUAUAUUACAAGAUUGAAAUCAUAUUUUCACUGAAAGGGAGAUUAUAAGAUAGAUAGAUUAUGGAGCUCUAAAAUGAACAUAAAAUGUUAAAAAUUAAUUGCAAUUUAAACAAAUAUUUCAUAUAUUCUGUUACAUUGACCUUCAUUCGGUUGGUUGUGACCUUGUUUACAUUUGAAUAAAUUGACUGUUGAGUAAUGAAUUUCUGACGUUUAAUUCAAAUCUGUGCACCUGAUUGGAUAAUAAAAUUAGAAAUCCAUAUACAAAAAUAAACUGAUAACAAAAACAUGAACUCGUGUGACCAAAAUGAUGAAACUGAGUUUCAGAUCACUCAUUGAACAAAAAUUGAAUUUGGAAUUAUCAAACGUCUUUUCCCACUUGAAAUUCCUAGCGGCGAUGUUGACAGUUUAAUAGUGAUUUUCAUAAUAUUUAUAUAAAAGAUUUCAAAAGUUUGCUCAUUAGAAAAAUUGGGUACCAGAUAAGUGUUGCGAGAUUGUCAUGUACCGUAGACAAAAAUAUAUAAUUUAUUUGUCUGUUUUUAGUACGCUAAACAUAUUGUCAGGUGACUUGCACUUUAAAAGUUUCAAUUUAGCUCAGCUGGUGCUAGGCCACCUAAAUGUCACUUCAGAAACAUAAUAUUCCUAAACCUUCGGUCUGAUUGUUGCAGGCUAACUGAAAUUUCCAAUUUUGUUAAAUUGCCGAAUUUUUUAACUGGCUAGCACCCUUCUCAUGGCCAUAUGCCAACAAAUUUGUGUCAUAAAAUAUGUGCUCUACUAUCAGUUAACCAGCUUAUUAUACCACUCUGUCUAACACCAGAUUAUUGUAAACUAGUGAUGAUCUGUAAAGUUUGAGAGGGAAAUAAUGACCUAAUAAUUGCCCCUGACUAAUCAGCCCCCCCCCCCCAAAUAUAGAAUUGCUUCCUUAACGAUAGUGCUCGUCAAGGGAAGAGUGCUGGCGCUUAAUGUUGUAAUUGACAAAAUGAAUUCUUGCAUUAUUAGGCUCCUGGACUCCAUUUAAUCCUGAAACUGUUAGACUUAUGAUUGGUGAGUAAUGAAAUAAAUAAUAUAGUCUGAGUAAUGUUCUUCAAAUACAGUAAUCAUAACCAUGGACAAUUGGAAUUUUAAUUAAAAGAAAAUUCUAAUUUCAAACCCUGUUUUGCUCUGCAGAGCAAAAAAUGAUAAUAAAAUGACACAUUGGCGUGUGUUGGAGUUGAUAAUUUAGUGGUUAUUUACUCUGAUGUUUAUAAAUGUUUAUAUUAACCCAUUGAGUUGAAUUGUGCCCUAAUACACCUUUAUUAUUGUACUUUAUUAUUUUACUCUGUCUAAUGCCAGACAAUUUUAAUUGUCAGGGGGAGAUCACUGGCUCUAAAUGGAUUAAUGAAAAAAUUGGACCAAACAUUAAAUAAACAAUUUUUAUUUCUACAGGAUUGUUUGACCGUGAUAAUAAUGGCACUAUAAAUUUCCAGGAAUUUGGAAGCUUAUGGAAGUAUAUAACGGACUGGCAAAAAACUUUCCGAACUUAUGAUCGUGAUAACUCGGGAAGCAUUGAUAAGAAUGAAUUACAAAGUGGUAAAUACACUUACAUUUUAUUUAAAGGUGAUCUACAGUCCGAUCUGCGCAUGUGCACAAAGGAGCCCACUUUUUAUGAUACAAACAGUUUAACUAUGUUUUGGGUUCAUGCAAAGCCUGAUUGUUGUUUCUUGGCAAAGGCAAUGUAAACAAAGGCUUUGUUUACAUACGGACUGUAGAUCACCUUUAAAGCAUCAUUGGGGGUGAAUCAUAAAUGUUCGAAUCUCUUGGGCAAUUGUAUUAAAUAAAGGGAUUCUCAGAUAAGGGGAAUUUACAGUAUUUAUUCUGGCAUAGAGCAGUAAUGUAAGCAUGCAAAUUAACAGCCUACAAAAAAAAUUAGUUAGCAUCCUUUAACAAUUCCAUGGAACUAUUUGUAGGCCAACUUUUCAGUCAAUAUUUUAAACGCUUGGAAUAUCUUGCUGAUCGAAUGGCUUUUCAGAUAAAUGUCUUGACAGAGAAAGACCAAACAGUCAAAACAAAAGAAAGUUUUUAGGUUGAAACUAGCAUACUGAGUUGGCUAUAAUAUUUGAAAGUAAUUGUAGGCCAGAAAAAAUUGUUAAUUCUGAAUAAUAUAAAGUAUUAUCCAUGGCAAAGUUUUAUGUAUGAAAUUGAAGAAGUAGUUGGUAUGCCUAGCGUUUCCAGAAAAAUCUGCACUCACCUGUUGUAACCCAUGAGCUGAAUGAUGUUGUGCACAUACAGUAUACAUGUAACAUGUAAAACAAUUCGGGCAGAUAUUCUUCUGGUAAUGAUUGUGGGUAGUGGAUUCAAUAAUUGUUUUUCACUGAAUAUUUUCAUUUUUUUUACAGCGCUGACAAGUUUUGGUAAGUAUUGAAUUUUUAUUUUGUGAAGAUUAGUGUUGGACAAUCAUUGUCCAAAUUAUUUAACAUCGUAUAUAAAGUAUUUCAAGGAUAAUACUCAUACUGUAAGUAUCAUAGUGAGAAAUUCAACUUGUAAAUCUUUGAAUUUGAAAACAAAAAUUCAAUUCCAAUGAUUGUUCUUGAAUUUGUAAAGAAGUACUUGAAAGUCCUUAAAUUUUUCUUGCUUUAAAUUAGUUUAUAUGGAUGUAUUGCACCCUUUUUGAAUUUUACUGACUACUAAAUGACUUCUGCAUGUCAAAAUGAUCAAGAUGACGAGAAUGCAGGAAAUGCCAUUUCAGAAACUCGACAGUACUCAGUAGAUUUCAAAUCCAGAGACCCGUAUCAAGUUCUCUAGCCUCCCCUCCCCCUCCCCCCCUUCCAAACAAACCGGUGUUCUGCUGAAUCUGAUAGAUGCAAAAACGGAGAGGUCCCAUGACCGUGUGGCAUGUGGUAACAUCUGACAACAUCUGGCAAGCCUCGUGAUAAUUUUUCUUAAGCAUGCAGGUGAUUUUGGAAACAGAGGCUAAGGCUAAAUCCAAGUGUUCUUGUUUAACCAAUGCUUAACUCCAUAUAACAAGCCAUUGCCACAUUCAUGUAAAGUUAGGUGCAUUUUAGGAGAGCUUUGUCUCGUUCAUUCUGUAGGUUUUAGGUUAUCUGAGAGAUUUUAUGGAGUUCUCUUGCGAAAGUUUGAUCGCAGUGGUCAAGGAGUGAUCAAGUUUGAUGAUUUCAUCCAGUGUUGUGUUGUCAUUCAGGUCAGUUGGCAUUGAAAUUUUAAAUUUUUAACACCGUCCAAUAGCAACGGGAUUCUAAGAACUUGAAAUCUGUUAUCCACUCAGGAAAGCUAGUGUCUUACAUUUUGAUGGUGUGUGUCGUAGCGAGCGGUGGACAUAGUAUCCAUUGGGAUACUAAAUAAAUUUCUCUUCACAGAGAUAUCUCUGUUGUUUAUAAUUAAGUUUUCUGACAAGUCUUCUUGAAUCUUGGUCAUAAUAAAAACAUUGCCAGAGAUUCAUUAUUUUAUCAAAUUCAUUUUAUAGUAUUAAAUUUAUUUACAUUAUCAAUUGAAAAAUGAAAAAUAGCACCCCCUCACCCCCGCUGCACCCCUCUGGUCAGGCCACAACCCCUUCCCCUCCCCCAGGCUGUUGUCAUUCGAUCUUUCAUCUCAUGAAAAUAUUUUUACCAUGACCGUCAUUAUUUCGCUCCAGCGUAUUGUAAUGUAAAUAUAAUGACGAUCAAAACUUUCUAUAAUGUUCUAGACUCUUACUCAAGCAUUCCAGAACUAUGACACCAACAGAAAUGGAUGGAUACAAAUAAACUACGAACAAUUUCUUAGCUUAGUUUUUACACUUAAAGUAUAAACAUUUUUGCCACUGUAAUACGUGUAAGCUGUACGAUCGUAACUUAAAUGAUUGUAUAGGAAAUAAGAUAACCACAGUAAUUGAGUAAAUCGUUAAUUAGACAUGCAGAAUAACAGAAUAGUUGCAGUAUAGUUGCAGGAUGUAAGUGAUAGCAAUAGCCGCGCUAAGCAGCAUGUUUUCGUGUCCUGGGCAAAUUAUUUAAUUGACAAAUUCCGUUGCGGAAACAUUGUUUCCUAGCCAUGUUCUCUGAAGGUUGUACUCUAUAGGUGCUAUCCUAGACUCUAAAAACAUCCUUGUUAACUUGGGGCCUGUCCAUAUGGGGAAAGUUAUCCCGGUUAGCGAGAAAACAUUUUGACAAGUUUACAAGCGAGAUCUCGUCUUGUUAUGAAAUAAUAUCUAAUAUGAAAAGUUACACUGCGUUCAUAUGAGACGAAAAGUGUACCGAGAUCUCGCUUGUUGACAGGCGAGAUCUCGUUGACCAGGAUAAUGUUUUUUUCCCAUAUGAACACAACAUGCCACAACUUUCCCGCUUAGCGGGAAAACUUUCCGUCCUGUGAGCAACUUUUCUGUUUUUAAAAUGUAUUUUAUUGUGAUUUUUUUUAACUUUUCCCGCCUUCCGCGUCACACCAGUGCUACGUCACAGCCGGAAACUUUACCCGGUAAGCGGGACAACAUUUCUCCAUAUGAACAGAGCAAAAUUAUUUGGCUAGUCAAAAUGUUUUAUCGCUAAUCGGGAUAACUUUUCCCCAUAUGAACCCUAAAUGGCCCUAAAUGUUCUUAGGUUAAAUUGAUUAUAGUCCUGGGGGCGGUUGUACCAAGGUCGUUAACUUAGUCGUUGAUUGGUAUACUGUAACUCAGAUUAAAGUUCAGUAUUUAUAAGUUAAGGUUUCUUAUGUACUACAUACUAGUAGUAUGUGGUUUAUACCUAUAGUUUUACAGCCAUUUAGGUAUUUUUACAAAGGUUGAAGAAAUCACCAUCCGGGGUCGGGGGAGAUACCAUGCUAUCCGGCCUUCGUACAACCAACACCUGCCUAAUUUAACCAGGAUUCAAGAAUUCCUGCCAAUACAUAUCCUAGGGCGCUUUCCUUUAACACGGCCAAACCGGUCAGAACGGUCAAAUUGUUGAAUGAUAGACAAAACAUUUGGACUUCGGAUCCCUAUCUGACAGGAAAAUUUUGAUAACAUUAGAAUGAGGUCCAUUUUCGCUAGAUAUUUGAGAAACAUAGACCAGAUCUUUCCAUUGAUACAGAG